AUGGAGAACCACCAAUCAACAUCCGCCACGUACACCACAAUCCCUAUCUCAGCUUCUGACGUCCUCUCCCGCUCCCUUCACAACCUUUCCGUCACCCUCUCCCGGCACCUCCGGCCCUGGCCCCAGCUAUUGGGCUCCGGUUCCCAAUCUUUCUCCCGUCCCCACUCUUUUCUAUCCCACGCUUCCGCUAACAUACAUUAUUUUCUCGCCAAUUAUGCCGUCGUGAUAGCCGCCACAUCCGCCUUCUCACUCAUCGGUUCUCCACUUUCCCUCCUCCUAUGCUCCGCCGUUUUCGCUCUUUGGCUUCUCCUCUACUUUUUUCGGGAGGAUCCACUCGUGGUAUGGGGCCACAGUGUCAACGAUCGCUUCGUGCUGCUAGUUUUAGCUUUCCUUUCUGUGCUGGCCGUCUGGAUUUGCGGAGUAUUUCAAAAUUUGUCCUUAGGGUUAGGGAUUGGGGUCCUCGUCUGCGGCGUCCACGCUCUUCUUAGAAACUCCGAUGGACUCUUUCUCGACGAAAACGACGCCGUGUCCACAGGAUUGGUCCGCUCUGCUCCAUCUUCGACUACUACAAAUUUGUAG